CAUUUGGAGUAGUGUCAAUCGGGAUUGUCAUCUCCACUGCACAUACAAUAGUUCCAUUCAAGAAGCACUGAAAGGACUCACCGUCAUUUACAGUUAUCAGAGUAACUUUCUGUGCUGUUGUACAUUUUAUUUAGUUUUCAGUUGUGGGCUCUUUCGCUUUUUUUUUUAUUGUUUUCCACGACUUUCAGCUGCUGAAGCGGACUCAAAAUAAGACGCUACCGACACUGCACUGAGGCCCCAGGACAUGAGCAAAUCCUCAACAUAAUGAGUUCCUCACAGCGUGGACCAAUGGAUGAACAGCAUUACUCCUGUCCAGUUAAAACCAGCCAGAUCAAAACUUCCCCUGCAGGUUCACACUCUGAGGGGCAACACCUUGAUGAACUGCGGGUGUCACUGCCGGGGUUUAAUUACCAGGAACCUGGGAGCCAUAACCAUCACGGCUCUGCACCUCAGAUUUCUCUGACAGAGAGUACACCGGAUAGAAACAGGAAGCUUCUGUUCAUACCAGACAACCAAUUACAGGUUCCCUCUGAGCCUGAGCACUCCAAGUCUAUAGAGGAAGAAUCACCUGAUGAACAACAGAAGUUCAUGAAUAUGAUCAGCCGUGGCCAGCGGGGGCGCAUGGACGACCAGAGCUGUUCCAUUGAUCCUAGCAAGAGUGCACCCUGCACACCCAAACACGCAGACAGAAAGUCUGCUGCGAGUACAUCCAACACAGAUCCUGAAUCGUUCUUCAGCCUCUUGGCCAACACUCAGAGCCAACGGCUCGACGACCAGCGAGUGUCCCUUCCAUCACUGCCAGGAUUGCAAGGAAAGGAAAACGCCAAAUCAACUGCAGAGGGAGAUUCAAGCUACCUAUGUUACAUGGUCUCCAAAGUCCAGGGCUCCAGAAUGGACGAACAAAGGUGCUCGCUGCCUCAGCUUUCAAAGCUGGAGACACAGUCCCAGUGUUCACCAAAAAAGAAUUUGUCUGCAUCUGGUUCAGGCGCUCCACGUUCAGCCUCAUUCAGCCCGGGCUCAGACAUAGAACGACCAAAGAGUAAAGAUAAAGCACCUCAAAAACAGGUCUUGACCUCAGCUGAACAGGAGGAAUUUUUUUCCUUAAUGACUCACUUCCAGCGUGAGCGAAUGGAUGAACAGCGAUGUGUCUUAAAUGUUAGUCCCCAGUGCACACCCAAACACAAGCCCAGUGAGACCACCGAGCCCAAAGGUCCAGAUUCUGAGAAGUUCUUCAGCAUGCUGGCCAGCUCUCAGGGCCGAAGGCUUGAUGACCAGCGAGUGUCUCUUCCCUCGUUGCCAGGGAUACAGAAUGGCGGUAGCACAUCAACGUCAACUGCUGCAGAGAAGGACGCAAGCUACUUGUGUUACAUGGUCUCCAAAGUCCAGGGCUCAAGGAUGGAUGAACAGAGGUGUUCUGCACCCCAAAUCCUCCAAAAUACGGGUACUCCGCGUACUGAGCGCAAAGAUCAUCCCAGUUCAGAUACAUCUGAUAAAACUCCCCAAAGGUCUUCCUCCUUAACCCGUGCCAAACCUGACAAAAAUAGCCAGGAGAUAUCUCCAGCUGAGCAGGAGCAGUUCUUCAAAAUGAUAAGUCAUGCCCAAGGCGGACGUAUGGAAGAGCAACGUUGCUCUCUACAACCCAGCAGAAGUACACCUGCCACACCCACACACAAUGGAAGUGCUUUAAAUAAUGUCCCCACAGGUGCAGAUGCCGACGCAUUCUUUAAAUAUAUUGCCUCCAGUCAGGGGCAACGGCUAGAUGAUCAGCGUGUGGCACUCCCCACCCUGCCGGGGAUAAGUGGGAAUUCUGAAAGAAAGGAAAAUGGUGGAAAUACAAAGGCUAGAAUCUCAGCUUCUCCACCACACAUCACUGUGGCUGAAAGUACACCAACAGCACCAAGGAAGGACUGUUCCAGACGUACCUCUCAACCCCAGAUGGCUUCUGCAGAGUCUGUCUUCCCCGGAGCUAUACCCAAAUCUGCUUCAUUUACCAACGAGACAGAAUUUCAGAAGAAUUCCACAGCACAGGUGACAGUGAGGGUGUCCAUGAGCUUCACACCAGAGCAGAUACAGAAGAAUAUCGGCCAACAUUGCACAUUCCCAGAAGUCUUCCUCACUCUAGGAGCCCCUGGAGAUAACCUUGUGAUCCCUCUAAGCCCAGGAGCUGGCCGACCCGUGUCCUUCAACUUAAACCUUGUCCCAAAAGAGGAAGUCAGGUCUAGGCACUGUUCUCCAAGCCAUGCAAGUCCCAGAAAGAAACACUCCAGGCCAUCAUCUCCCAACCCAAAUGACCAAGGGAGCAUGGCCAGCCCCAUCACUCCGGACGAAGACUGCUUCUCUCUGAUUGAGAAGGUUCACACAGCCCAGCUGCAGAAAGGGAUGGCUCAGGGAGGACAAAAAUGGAAAGGGGAUGCUGGAAAGGGGAAGGAAAAGGCAGAGCAAGGAAAGGGAAAGGGGGGUGGCAAGAAAGAUAAGAAGGACAGUGGCAAUAAGUAAUAGUCAGGUAUGUCAUGUUGUAUAUUAUUUAUUAAGGAAAACAAUACAGAUGAAAAGUGAUGUGUCAGUAAUUGGCUUGGAAACAAUUGAUUGAACCAUAUUUAUAAAACUGUAUCUGUAGUUUUCAUAUGCCCACACUAAUUAGAAGCUGUUGCUGUAGUACAACUCAAGUUUAUUGUUUUUAAUUUCAAGAUUGGGUAGGCAAUUUGUUGAGGCAUUUAAUUAUUCUUCUUCUCUGCUGGAUAAAUGUUCCAUAAACAUACAUAUAUACAUUGUCUAUUUUGUUUCAAGCUUAGUGGUGUGGGUGAGAACGCAUUGCUUUGCUUUUCCAAAUGUAAAUGCAAUGUAUACAGUUACUUUGUUAGCAGCUUUAUCCAAAUACUCUGGCAAAGUCUGGGAAACUAUGAUAAUAAAAAAAAUUUAAACCUGAUCACCAAGUCAUGUUUCCUCUUGAUUAGUUGAACCAUAGAAUUCAGACUAGAACCUCCUUGUAACAUUUCACUAAUUACAGAG